AUGCUCCAUACCAACAUUACUACUUUCCACCCAGACACCUUUUUUCUUGUAGGCAUCCCAGGACUUGAGGCUUUCCACGCAUGGAUUUCCCUACCUUUUUGCUCUGUUUACUUAAUGGCUCUGCUGGGCAAUGCUACAAUUCUGCUGAUCAUCUGGUCUGACCAUACUCUGCGGGAUCCCAUGUUCUACUUUCUAGCCAUCUUAUCAGCCAUAGAUCUAGCUCUCUCCACAUCCUCAGUGCCUCGGAUGUUAGGUAUCUUCUGGUUUGAUGCACAUGAAAUUGGUUUUGGAGCGUGUGUGGUCCAGAUGUUUCUGAUACACACCUUCACAGGAAUGGAGUCAGCAGUACUUCUGGCCAUGGCCUUUGACCGCUAUGUAGCCAUCUGUGUUCCACUUCACUAUACAACCGUUCUGACACCACGGGUGCUGGCAGGCAUUACUGUGGGAAUCAUAAUACGUCCUGUUCUGCUCAUGCUGCCCAUUCUGUACCUAACCUAUCGUCUGCCCUUCUGUGAAGCUCGAAUUAUUGCCCACUCUUACUGUGAGCAUAUGGGCAUUGCCAAGUUGGCCUGUGCGAGCAUUCGCAUCAAUGCCAUCUAUGGACUGUUUGUGGCUUCUUUCCUCGUCUUGGAUUUGGCACUGGUUGGGAUCUCCUAUGCCCACAUUCUCCGUGCUGUUUUCCGCCUCCCAUCACGAGAUGCCCGCCACAAAGCACUGAGCACUUGUGGCUCACAUGUUGGGGUCAUGUGUGUUUUCUACACCCCGUCCCUCUUCUCCUUUCUCACCCACCGAUUUGGCAAAAAAAUUCCACGUUAUGUCCACAUCCUUGUUGCCAACCUGUAUGUGGUUAUCCCACCUGCUCUCAACCCCAUUAUCUAUGGUGUGCGGACCAAGCAGAUUCGUGAGCAUGUCUUGAGAGUGUGA